AUGAAUUUUUAUGUUAACAGGAAACUGAAAAGAAGGCGUAAUGGAUCUGAUUCGAUAGAAGAGAUUUUAUUAAGAUGGAGAAAUUUUAAUCCGGAGGUUGAUUCGAACAAUGAACAAGUGAAGAAGAAGAGAAAAUCUCCGGGCAGUGGAUCAAACAAAGGUUGUAUGCCAGGUAAAGGCGGUCCUGAGAAUUCGGGUUGUAAAUACAGAGGAGUAAGGCAGAGGACUUGGGGUAAAUGGGUCGCUGAAAUUCGCGAGCCUGUGUAUAAGAGCAAAGGAAAGCGACUUUGGCUUGGUACUUACUCGACUGCUGGUGACGCUGCUAUUGCUUAUGAUGAAGCUGCUAAGGUUAUGUAUGGAUCCAAUGCCAUACUUAAUUUCCCCAAUUAUUGUGACUCGUUGAGUAAUGGUAACAUUACUCGAACAUCUUCACUUGAAUCGAGUGGUCAAUCGUCUGUUGAUCAUGAAGAUUUAGUCGUUCAUGCAGAGAAGAUUGAAAUUGAAUCUGAUUUGAAAACAUCAGAUACACCAGACGAUGAUGAUGGUGGUGGUGUUGUAAAUACAGAUUUAAGUUAUGAUUAUGCUAAUCAUGGUUCACCUGCUUGUUCCUGGACUGAAGAGGAAUUGGAAGUAAUCACGGAGGAGAACUCCGAGAUAGAACUAACCAAUUUGGAGGGCGAUUCGAGAUUUUUUCCUAAAUCGCAAAAAUCUUGUGUUAAAAUUGAGACACCUGUUAUGGAAGAAGAAAUUGACAAGGAUGAAUUAGUACAUAACGAUGUCUCAAACACAAUAGACGUGAUGCCAACCGUCAUGUUUAACAAAGAUGACUUGUUGAGGCCUGAUGAAAUUUGUAACUCCAAUGAUCAAAUUGUGCUACAAGACAUGGAUUUCAGGUCUUCUGAAAACCUGAAUGAAGAUGUUAGUACGCGUCUAGAAUACAUGGAGCAUUUUCUAAUGGAAGAUAAUUGUUCAAUGGAAGCGACAAAUAUAUCAGACAUAUUUUCUUUGACAGAGAACCAUGAUGAAGCUUUCAAUUUUCAGAGGUUUUUAGAAGAACCAUUUGAUUUCAAGCCAAUGGUAGUACCUCAAGAGUCUGCUGAGCUAAACUAUGCGAAGAAUGAGAAGCAAUUUGAUUGUAAAUAUGCAUACAACCAGCAAAUUGACCUCCAGAACUCAGAGACAAAUUCCGAGAUUCGAUUAGAUAGAAUAAUAAGUAACCAGGCUGAUUGGAAGGACCAAAACUUGCGUGCUUUCGGAUUAGAUGACUUUGGAGCAAGCAAUAGUUGGCAACCAGAGGAUAAUAUCGAAGAUUUGUCUAUGCUCAACUUUGAUUUUGAUAUAUCAUCCUAUAUUAAUGAUAUUAAUUAG